AUGGACCAGUCGCGCCCGUCUGGGGGCGAAGUGCAACGCAAGCCGCUCCUACCACUGCCCGGUCCGUCAGCCCUUGGGCCAGGCGUGCAGCUAGCGGUUCGCUGGCUGGGGCUGGUCUGGUGGCCUCUCGUCGAUGCAGCCACGCCCGGCCGUGCGCGCUCUGCCGAAGAGUCUCGAGCUGCUUUGCUGCAUGUCCUCGAUAACAUGCAAUCCAGCGGGUGCCCGGGAUACACAGAACGGCCGAGUCGACCAACGUGCGCCCCUGCCGGCUUCCCAAUGCGUCGGGCGGCGUUCUUCAAGCCAUUGACUGAAGGCUCCCGCGAUAGGCAGCUUGCUAAAUGCUCCAUGCAGGCAGCCCUGCUCGGUGAUGUGCUUCCCCCGGCGCCGUGCAGAGCACAGCAUUCGACGAAGCAAGGCAACCUGGCCAGUCCGGUCGGUACCCCGCAAACGCCAAAACGGCCCGCAGCAAGACGAGAGAUGCCGCAGAGGGCCCAGCAGCACAUCAGAACGCCAGGAAAUCGAGCCAUCGUGGACCCCUGGACCUUCGGCCCUCGCCGUCGAAAGAGGGAGAAAGAAAAAAAAAAUAUGCACCAAGCACAGCUCGUCCCGUCACGCCAGCGAAACGUGGGCAAUGCGGGCCUCUCGUUUGUUGUGCCCGCACCACAACCCGUGCCUGGCGAGAGGGACCAUCCAUGGAUGUCCGGCCCGGCAAGGGGUUGGUCCAAUAAUGCCAGCGCGUGCGAGCAACCCGUGGCCGUUUCCCCUCGUUUUAAUGCACCACCACCACCAGGAGAGCUCCAGCUACUGGCCGCCAUUAGCCUCGUCGGCGAUGAGACUCUUGGAGGAGCCCACCUGACGGACGGUGCAGCGCGCUUGCUCGACGCCACCUCCUCCCUUCUCCCUCGAGUUCCACCGCGCUAG